GAACCGUUUGGCUCUUUUCUCUACUAGCGAGCAACAGUACACUGAAGACCCAACUGUACAACCAGCUCCAUUUUAAGGGGAUUUAUCACCACACAUGCCCGCAUAUUCAACACACAUCGCCCAGUGGGGAUUCCAGGUACCGCUCGGCCGGUUCGGAGGGCUGUUAUAACGCUCUUUUCGAGGUUUAAUUAGAGCUUGAAAACAGCGCUGCUGGUGGAGGAGAUUCCAUAUUAGGAGCACAGAGGAGAAGGCACCCCCCUCCUGGAGCUUUAGGUUCUGAACCCAUGGUUUAAAGUCCUGACUGCCUGAAGACAGCGGCGGUGUCUGCAGACUUACUGCUGGGGCUAGGAGUGUGCGUGCUGACCUCAUGGUGUAACAGGAUUAAAGAUGAGCAUUAGCAGUGAUGAGGUCAACUUCCUGGUCUACAGAUACCUACAGGAAUCAGGGUUCUCCCACUCUGCGUUUACAUUUGGUAUAGAGAGCCACAUCAGUCAGUCCAACAUCAACGGAGCUCUGGUGCCCCCUGCUGCCCUCAUCAGCAUCAUCCAGAAAGGCCUGCAGUAUGUGGAGGCUGAAGUCAGCAUCAACGAGGACGGCACGUUAUUCGAUGGACGGCCGAUCGAGUCUCUGUCCCUCAUCGAUGCGGUGAUGCCAGACGUGGUCCAGACGAGGCAGCAGGCUUACCGGGACAAAAUGGCCCAGCAGCAGGCGGCAGCUUCAGCACCAGCAUCGGCUGCAGGCGGCAGCAUUACUGGGAACGCCAAGAACGGAGAGAACACUGCCAACGGCGAGGAGAACGGAGCCCAUGCCUUAGCAAACAACCACUCAGAUCUGAUGGAAGUGGACGGCGAUGUGGAGAUCCCUCAGAACAAGGCCAUGGUCCUAAGAGGUCACGAGUCGGAGGUCUUUAUUUGUGCCUGGAACCCAGUGAGCGACCUGCUGGCCUCUGGGUCUGGGGAUUCCACGGCUCGUAUUUGGAACCUGAGUGAGAACAGUACAAGCAGCUCCACACAGCUGGUGCUGAGGCACUGCAUCAGAGAAGGAGGACAGGACGUCCCCAGCAACAAAGACGUCACCUCACUGGACUGGAAUAGUGAGGGCACGCUGUUGGCUACAGGCUCAUAUGACGGCUUCGCCAGAAUAUGGACCAAAGAUGGUAAUCUGGCCAGUACUCUGGGACAACACAAAGGUCCCAUUUUCGCCCUUAAGUGGAACAAAAAAGGCAAUUUUAUCCUAAGUGCAGGAGUAGACAAGACCACAAUCAUCUGGGACGCUCACACAGGAGAGGCCAAACAACAGUUCCCCUUCCACUCAGCUCCUGCUCUGGACGUGGACUGGCAGAGCAACAAUACGUUUGCUUCCUGUAGUACAGACAUGUGCAUCCACGUCUGUAAACUGGGACAGGACCGGCCCAUUAAGACAUUCCAGGGACACUCGAAUGAAGUUAAUGCAAUCAAGUGGGACCCGACGGGGAACCUGCUGGCAUCCUGCUCCGACGAUAUGACGCUGAAGAUCUGGAGUAUGAAGCAGGACUCGUGCAUCCAUGACCUGCAGGCCCACAGCAAAGAAAUCUACACCAUUAAAUGGAGUCCAACUGGACCAGGAACCAACAAUCCCAGCGCUAACCUCAUGCUAGCCAGCGCGUCGUUUGACUCCACGGUGCGCCUCUGGGACGUGGACCGGGGCAUCUGUAUCCACACGCUGACCAAACACCAGGAGCCGGUGUACAGCGUGGCUUUCAGCCCAGACGGACGCCAUCUGGCCAGCGGCUCGUUUGACAAAUGUGUGCACAUCUGGAACACACAGACGGGGGCGCUGGUGCACAGCUACAGAGGGACCGGCGGGAUCUUCGAGGUGUGUUGGAACGCAGCGGGAGACAAAGUGGGAGCCAGCGCGUCGGACGGCUCUGUGUGCGUAUUAGACCUGCGGAAAUAGUGCUGCUGUUCGUUGGAAGCCAUGGACCGACCAUGAAUGUGUACAUAGCCAAAUGACUGUCCCUGCCUGCCCUGCGUACUGCUCACGCUUAGGCCCCGCCCACCGACAGACAGGAAGCAGGAUACAGGAACAGGAAGCAAGUACCCGACACAGCAGGUCCAGACGCGGGGGGAAUAAAACUGACAGAUGGACGGAUUGAGGAACGUUGGGAUGAUGGCGCCCCCUUCUGUCCAUGCAGACUCUCAGAGAGAAGCAGAAGGGGGCAAAAAAAAAAAAAAAAGCGACAGAUCCGUAUAUUUACCAAAAUAUGGAAGCUGUUUGAACCAUUCUCAUCGUCAUCAAAUGUAAAACAAUGACAAAGUGUUGAUCAAUGUUACUAGUCAGAUCUUUUUGUGCGGACAUAUCGACUCCCUCACCACAGGAUGGAAUGGCACUUAGUUUGUUUUUUUGAAUUUCAGAUCUCUCCUUUUAACGUCUUUAUAUUUUUUAUCUUAUGGGAGGGGCAAAGGGAGAAGUGCAUCCCCAGGAUUUCCUCUGAUGCAUCCACAUGGGCAAAUAACAGAUUAACCACCCCCCCAAAAAAAUUAAUAUUUGGCUUUCUGCUACAGAAUAAACCCUGCCUGUCCACUCUGAAGGUUUGUUCUCAUUUGAACCUGGAUUCAGCCUGGAGCUCCAUUUCUUCACCUUUGCUUGUUUUUUUUACUUCCACCUGCUGUCAUGUUUCCAGCUUUAUAUAUGAAAAGUGAUCGGUUCCCUCUGCCAGGACUCACCUGUAACCGUUCAGAGGGAACGCCGCCGAGCGCAGAACGAUGCGGUUUGAUGGGCUCCUGGUAAAGGUUGGCUUUAGAAAUCACAUCCAGCCGCCUGCAGUUUGUCGCUUUAACGGGUUUCAGUAAAGAAGGUGAGCUGAAGCCCUACAUGCUCUCCUGGGGUUCAGUUCAUGCUAAUGCUAACCGGAGUCACGCUUCCAGUGGAGCCUGGAACCACUUUUAUCUCUAAACAAAUGGAAAUGUUAAUACAUCUUGUUUUAACCCAAUAGGUUUUAUUUUUAUUUUAGAUUUAUUUUGGUCACAUUUAGGUCAGAUCCAUUAAAACCUUCAGUUUUAACAUGAAAAGCUUUCUGUUUAAUGGGAGAUCUCCAUCUCCGCUUCAGAAAGGUGACGGUAAAAACGUUAUUGUUAAUAAAACCGUUUUCAGCUCUACUGCUGCAGAUCAGAUCUCAGAUCAGCUCAUAUUCUGCUUUCUUAUCCAUUCCCAGAAUUCUGGGAUUUCUGUGCUGAAACCCUUUCUGUGACAAUGGAUGAUUUUCAGGAUGUUUGACUAAGUUUGUUUUCGAAAUAAAAAU